AUGCUCCAAAAGGUCUUUGGAGUCUUGCGGAUCCUCAGGGACGAAUUCAGCAAGCAGCAGGAAGCGACACGGAGCAUGAUCGGCGACCAGCAAAAGACGAUUCGAGAGUUGGAACAGAAGCUCGACGAAUACAAGCAAGAGAUACAGGAAACAAAAGCCCAGAUGGCGGAAGAGUUGAGGCAGGUCCGAGGGCAGCUCGACAGCAUCCUAAAGUGUAAAGCUAACAUUAAUCAGUGUGGAUAUUUACUCAAGAACGAGAUAUGGGGCUUCGUUUAUAAACGAGAGUUAUUCACGGCUUCUUUGGCAAACUGCCUUGAGACGCACCGACGCAAGACCGCACAUGACGACCCAGAAGAUGGGGUUUACGACUCGCGAAACGGGUCGCCCGCCUCGAACAACCAGUAUACAAUCGCCUGGAUCUGCGCGCUGCCCAUAGAGAUGACCGCAGCUCGCGCCAUGCUAGAUGACAUCCACGAAGACCUGCCCAGACACACAAACGACACGAAUACCUACACGCUCGGCGGCAUACAGGGCCACAACAUCGUCAUUGCGUGUUUGCCGAUAGGCCAGUACGGAACGAACAACGCGGCGAGCGUGCUGACCCACCUCAUCCGUACCUUCCCAUCGAUCCGCCUUGGUUUGAUGGUGGGAAUCGGAGGCGGAGUGCCGGGCAAGGUCGACAUGCGUUUGGGCGACGUCGUUGUCGGGACGAGGGUGGUGCAGUACGACCUAGGGAAGACUAUCGGAGACGGACAGAUCCAACGCACUGCGAUCCCGAAGAGCCCGCAUCACCUGCUUGGCACGGCCGUGUCGUCCCUACAAGCAAGGCAUGAACGAGACAGCAGCCGAAUCCUACUCAUAUUAGAGGAAAAGUUCGACGAAGACUCCCCGUACCGCCGCCCGACUACAGCGGACCGCCUCUUCUCCUCGACGUAUGAGCAUACCUCGCCAUCACCUAGUUGCGAUGGAUGCGACCGUUCGAAGCUGGUACCACGAAACAGGCGGAGCACGGAUAACCCGGUGAUUCACUAUGGAACGAUCGCUUCAGGGAACCAAGUCAUGAGGAACGGCAUCCAACGAGACAACAUCGCUCGACAGCUGGACGCCAUCUGUUUUGAGAUGGAGGCUGCCGGUCUGAUGGAUAUCCUCCCUUGCCUACCGAUUCGGGGAAUCUGCGACUACUCGGACUCUCACAAGAACAAGGAAUGGCAGAGAUAUGCCGCGGCUGCCGCCGCUGCAUACACAAGGGAACUAGUGGCGGUGCUACCCGUCGUCGACGUGCCCAACCCUUAUAAACUAAGUUCAGUGCAAGAUGAUGGGGACAAGCAAUGCAUGAAAGACUUGCGCGAGACUGACCCUCGCGACGACAAGACACGCAUCCAAGAUACAAAGGGCGGCCUGCUCAGGGACUCUUACCGCUGGAUCCUCGAUAACGACGACUUCCAGCAAUGGCGUGACAAUCCGCAGAGCCAGUUGCUCUGGAUCAAAGGUGACCCCGGUAAGGGCAAGACGAUGCUGCUAUGUGGUAUCAUCGACGAGCUGGAGAAGGAACCCGGCAAUCGCCUGUCUUAUUUCUUCUGUCAGGCCACCGAGGCACGACUGAGUAAUGCGACGGCCGUGCUGCGCGGUCUGAUCUACCUUCUAGUCGUCCAACAGCCGUCGCUCAUCUCGCAUAUUCGGGAGAAACACGACCAUGCGGGCAAGCAGCUUUUCGAGGACGGGAAUGCCUGGGAAGCCUUAUCCAAGAUCCUCGCAGCCAUGCUUAAUGACCCGAUUUCAGACGGUGCUAUCCUGAUUGUUGAUGCUCUCGAUGAGUGCAAGACAAGCCGCGACCAACUCCUCGAUUUCAUCAUUAAACCGUCUCGAGCCAAAUGGAUCAUAUCUAGCCGCAAUUGGCUGGAUAUUGAGGAGAAACUCGGCCAUGCAAAGCAGAAGGUCAGGCUUCAGCUCGAGCUGAACCAAGACUCCAUCUCCAAGGCUGUCGACACAUACAUUGGAUACAAGGUGGAGAAACUGGCGGACCUCAAAAACUACGACAAGGAAACAAGGGACGCUGUUCAACGCCAUUUGGUUGGCAACGCCGAUGGCACCUUUCUCUGGGUAGCCUUGGUUUGUCAAGAACUGGCAGAUUCCAAGGUCCGAAAACGACAUACGCUGGACACAUUGAAGUCAUUCCCUCCAGGUCUUGAUCCUCUUUAUAAGCGAAUGGUGGAACAUAUCAGCGAUUCGAAAGAUGCAGAUCGUUGCAAGGAUACCCUCGCUCUUGCUUCGGUCGUAUACCGACCCAUCAACUUGGACGAGUUGAAGGCUCUUGCUGAGUCGCUCGACGAUCUUGACCAGGAUGAGUUGGAAGAAAUCAUCAGCUCCUGUGGUUCUUUUCUGACUCUUCGAAAAGGCGUCAUCUACUUUGUGCAUCAAUCAGCCAAAGAUUUCCUGCUCAAGAACGCGUCAAAACAAAUCCUACCUUCUGGCAUUGCGCACCAGCACUAUGCCCUCUUCUCGAGGUCGCUAGGGGUCCUGUCGGAAACUCUUCGACGAAACAUCUACAGUCUCAACACGCCAGGAUUCUCCAUUGAUCAGGUCUCACCGACUAAUCCCGACCCAUUAUCCCCAAUUCGAUAUUCAUGCGUCUACUGGGUUGACCAUCUUCACGACUCAGAUGUCGCAGAAGUCAACGACAUUCUACGGGAUAACGGCAACGUCCAUGUAUUCAUCCAGAAGAAGUACUUGUAUUGGCUGGAAUGUCUUGGUCUGCUACGAAGCAUAUCGGAGGGAACCAAGGCGGUACACAAGCUCGAGGCUUUAGUGAAAAUCGCGGGAGCGCAGAAACUGACAGAACUACUUCGAGAUGCGCGCCGAUUCAUUCUUUCUCAUGCUCGCGCCAUCGAGAUUGCUCCAUUGCAGGCUUAUGCGUCCGCACUCGUGUUCAGUCCUGAACACAGUCUCACCAGAGAGCUCUUUAAGAAGGAGGAGCCGGAUUGGAUGGUAUUGAAGCCAAGAAUGGAGGCAGAUUGGAACGCUUACGAGAAGACGCUUGAGGGCCAUGGCGAUUUGGUGAGCUCGGUGGUGUUCUCGGCAGAUGGCCAGCGUCUUGCAUCUGGCUCAGGUGAUAACACAGUCAAGAUCUGGGACGCGGCCACGGGCGCAUGCGAGCAGACUCUCGAGGGCCAUGGCAAUUGGGUGAAUUCGGUGGUGUUCUCGGCAGAUGGCCAGCGUCUUGCAUCUGGCUCAGGUGAUAACACAGUCAAGAUCUGGGACGCGGCCACGGGCGCAUGCGAGCAGACGCUCGAGGGCCAUGGCGAUACGGUGAAUUCGGUGGUGUUCUCGGCAGAUGGCCAGCGUCUUGCAUCUGGCUCACGUGAUGGGACAGUCAAGAUCUGGGACGCGGCCACGGGCGCAUGCAAGCAGACGCUUGAGGGCCAUGGCGGUUGGGUGACGUCGGUGGUGUUCUCGGCAGAUGGCCAGCGUCUUGCAUCUGGCUCAGGUGAUAACACAGUCAAGAUCUGGGACGCGGCCACGGGCGCAUGCGAGCAGACGCUCGAGGGCCAUGGCCAUUGGGUGACGUCGGUGGUGUUCUCGGCAGAUGGCCAGCGUAUUGCAUCUGGCUCAGAUGAUACGACAGUCAAGAUCUGGGACGCGGCCACGGGCGCAUGCAAGCAGACGCUUGAGGGCCAUGGCGAUACGGUGAAUUCGGUGGUGUUCUCGGCAGAUGGCCAGCGUAUUGCAUCUGGCUCAGAUGAUGGGACAGUCAAGAUCUGGGACGCGGCCACGGGCGCAUGCAAGCAGACGCUUGAGGGCCAUGGCGGUUGGGUGAAUUCGGUGGUGUUCUCGGCAGAUGGCCAGCGUAUUGCAUCUGGCUCAAUUGAUGGGACAGUCAAGAUCUGGGACGCGGCCACGGGCGCAUGCGAGCAGACGCUCGAGGGCCAUGGCGAUACGGUGAAUUCGGUGGUGUUCUCGGCAGAUGGCCAGCGUAUUGCAUCUGGCUCAGAUGAUGGGACAGUCAAGAUCUGGGACACAGCCACGGGCGCAUGCAAGCAGACGCUUGAGGGCCAUGGCGAUACGGUGAAUUCGGUGGUGUUCUCGGCAGAUGGCCAGCGUAUUGCAUCUGGCUCAGGUGAUAACACAGUCAAGAUCUGGGACGCGGCCACAGGCGCAUGCGAGCAGACGCUUGACGUCGUGGGAACAUUAUAUCACCUUUCAUUUGAUCCAACGUCAAAUGCCCUCCUCUCUACCGAUAUUGGACUUCUAAAUCUGGAUCACCCAGCUCUGCCGCCUGCCGUAAAUGAUUGGUCGACUGAAAUAACAUUACCGCGUGUUCGCCAUUCUGGAUGGGGUAUAAGCACGGAUGGCGAAUGGAUUGUUGAAGAUGGAAAGAAGAUGCUUUGGCUACCUCCGGACUAUCAACGGGGCAUGUCCGCUAUUGUUAGAUCAACGGUCGCUAUCGGCUAUCGUUCAGGUCGUGUGUUGGUGAUGAGAUUGUUUUAG